UUCAGCUGGCGCGGCGGGUACUGGGGGAAAACAUCGGUUUAGUAAUUUGAUGGAGUGGAGGCGGAGGGCUUCUUCGGUUUCUGGACUUGGGCUGUGAGGGGGGGGGGGAGUGGGUUAGCGAACUGAGCGGUGGAUGUGUGCGAGCAAGCUGAGGGGUUUGAUGGUUACUUCUCUGUGAGCUUUGUAAAGAGAUGCGUCAAGGUCAUCUCUAUCUCUACCGCUAUCUCUAUGGCUAUGCUACGGAUUGGUCGGUGUGUGGGGCAGCAGUCGUGACGGAGAUGGUGGUGUGACUGCUGCGCCCAAUGGCUGACCCCUGACAACUCCCCACCCGAACAACAGAACAACAGAACAACAGACAUCACCAACAGCAAACAUGGCCCCCGUCGCUGCCUUCGCCGACGUGCCCUUGGCUCCUCCUGAUGCCAUCUUCCACUUGACAGCCUCCUACAAAGCAGACACAUUCAAGGACAAGAUCAACCUCGGCGUCGGUGCUUACCGCGACGAUGACGGGAAACCCUGGGUUCUCCCCGUCGUGAAGAAGGCCGACGAUCUCCUCCGAUCCGACCCAACCCUCGACCACGAAUACCUCCCAAUCGCAGGUCUCCCUGCCUUCACCUCCGCCGCCGCAAAGCUAGUCCUCGGCGCCGACUCACCCGCCAUCAAGGAAGAUCGCGUAACCUCCAUCCAAACCAUCUCCGGCACCGGCGCGAACCACCUCGGCGCCGUCUUCCUCUCCCGUUUCUACCGCAACGGAAAGAUGAAGUGUUACUUGUCCAACCCAACCUGGGCAAACCACAAAGCAAUCUUCGCAAACGCCGGUGUCGAGACCGCGGAGUACGCAUACUUCGACCCCCACUCCCUCGGUUUAGAUUUAGCUGGUAUGCUUCGCGCGAUGGAGACUUGCGAGGAGGGGAGUAUUUUUUUGUUGCAUGCUUGUGCGCAUAACCCCACCGGCGUCGACCCGACACAGGAACAAUGGAAGAUGAUUGCGGAGGUGAUGGAGAGGAGGAGGUUGUUUCCGUUCUUCGAUUGUGCGUAUCAAGGUUUCGCAUCUGGCUCUCUCGAAAAAGACGCGUGGGCGAUUCGUUAUUUCGUGCAGCGUGGGUUCGAGAUGCUCAUCUGCCAAUCCUUCGCCAAGAAUUUCGGGUUGUACGGGGAACGCGCGGGAUGUUUCCACUUUAUCGCCUCGACCCCCGACGCAGUCAAGCGUGUCGGUUCACAGUUGGCAAUCAUCCAACGUUCCGAAAUCAGCAACCCACCCGCGUACGGCGCCCGCCUCGUUUCCCUCAUCCUCAACUCCCCCCCGCUCUUCACCGAGUGGACACAAAACCUCUCGACCAUGGCCUCCCGCAUCAUCCUCAUGCGAUCCCUCCUCCAUUCCGAACUCGUCGCCCUCGGCACCCCGGGGAGUUGGGACCAUAUCGUUGAUCAGAUUGGUAUGUUUUCGUAUACGGGCUUGGGAGGGGAAGAGGUUAGGAAGUUGGUGGAGGAGAGUCAUGUUUAUUUGACGAGUAACGGGAGGAUUUCGAUGGCGGGGUUGACGAGGGGGAAUGUCAAGUAUUUUGCUAGGGCUGUGGAUAGGGUUGUUAGGGAGGGUGCGGGGGCGGGUGGGAAGUUGUAG